AUGCUGCCACCUGGCGAGUCUAGGAAGCGAAAAGACAGAGAAUCAACGCCAGCGUUUUAUCCAGCUGCCAAACCAUCGGCUCGGCUCGACUACCUCCACAAGCCGCCGCCGCCGCCGCCGUCGACGCCAAAUCCUUCAACCAACAACAACGGGCUACUGGCCGGGUACUUGGCUUACGAGUUCCUAACGAGAGGGACGAUUCUCGGGGAGAAGUUCGAUCCGGCGAAGUCGACGGAUGCGGCGGUGCCUCUCGCGCUGCCGUCGAGAAUCAGGAAAGGCGGAGCAGUACCGGCCGCCGAGGAGGGGAGGAAGAAGAACAAGGAAGACGAGGAGAAGAGCUAUGCGGAGGUGGCGAGCUUAUUGAAGACGGAACGUGCCCACAUUCCCGGGAUUGUGAACCCUACUCAGCUUGCCCGCUGGAUUCGGAUGUGA